AUGGUGGAGGCGGGCUCGGACGCGUACUGCGCUUCGGACUUCAAAGGGCCCGAGUGCCGGCUCUGCGCUGCGCCAGACCACCACCUCGUCGACGGUGACACCUGCGAAGUAUGCGCUCCGCGCGCCGCCGCUGUGGGCCGCAUCGUAGGCCUCGUCCUCGGCCUCUGCGUCGCGUGCGGCUUGGCGGCUUGGGCCUACCACAUGCCGUGGCGGAAGAAGCGCAUCAUCGGCUGUCUCCUCCGCUUUGCAGACCGCUCCGUCAAGUACUACGUCGGGGUCGGAAUGACGGCCAAGGUCAAAAUCCUGUUCGGCUUUUACCAGAUCAGCACCGUAUUGUCCUCCACCUACUCCGCGCGGCUGCCAAACAAGUACACGGGCUGGACGGACAACUUGGCCAACGUGAUCUCCGUCGACUGGUCUGGCUUUUUCCUGCCGGAGCAGUGCCUCGGCUACGCUCUGCGGCUCCUCGCCAUCGCCCUCUCCCCCGUCGCCCUCAUCGCCCUGCUAAUGGUUGCGGGAAUAAGUCUGCGGCUCCACGGCUGGCGUGCUGCCCCGCCGCCGCGCGAGAGAGCGUGGUACGCGGAGGCGGCCCUCGGCCUCCUCGACUUCACGCCGGCGGGCCUGGCCUACACCAUCUCUCCGCCAAACGAGCCCCUGCGGCAGGUCUCCUACAUGCGGCAGGACGCGAGCGUCGAGUGCGGCUCCGACGAUCACGGACCCAUCACCGGCCUCGCCAUCGGCUUCAUCGCCCUCUGGCCCGCCGGCUCGCUGGUCCUCUUCACGUCGCUCCUCGCCGCCUGCUACAAGCCGCUGCAGGCCAAGACGCCGAAUGCUCUGACGCGGGCCACCGCCUUCCUCCACCGGGAGUACGAACAAAAUUGGUACUGGUGGGAGGCGGUCGAGCUGGCGCGCAAGCUCGUGCUGACCGGUUUCGUGCUUCUGAUACCGGAGGAGCGAGCCUUUGUUCGCCUGGUGGUGGCGACCCUAGUCUGCUCAUGCUACGCCGUCGCGCUCGCCGUCGUGCGGCCGUACAAGCGGGUCGAGGACAACGUCAUCGCCGUCGCCACGAGCCUCGUGCUCCUCCUGCUCUUCCUCGGCACCAACUGGAGCACCAUCUUCCUCGGCAUCGAGGAGCGCUCCGGGAUCGAUGAUGCCAAUGCAGUCCUCGGCUUCCGCAGCCUCAAUGUGAUUGUCGACUCGAUGAUCAUCCUCGUUGCAGUCGUGCUUGCCUUCUUCCUCGUCGGCGCCAUCGUCGCCGCCCGACGCGUCGCCAAGGUCCCCACGAUCCGCCUCGUCUCGACCAAGCAGCCCCCCGAGAUGAGCAUCGGGACUGGCCUCACGUGGCACCUCUUCAACAGCCACAUCUGGUCGACCGGUCAAGACGCCGUAAAGGUAGAUGACCUGAAGGAUAUCGGGGCGCUUGAGGAGUACAUCCAACGCUCGCAAGCCAUCCUCUUCUUCCUCUCGCAGGGCUACUUCCGCUCCAAGGCGCGCCUCUCCUUCCCACCCCGCCUCUACCGCCCUCUGGCCGUACCUCCCGCCUCUCCUGCGCCUCAGAACUGCCUUCGAGAGAUUCGCUCGUCGCUCGAGAAGGACAAGCCGCUCGUCCUCGUCCAAGAAGCGGACCCUGCAAAGGGCGGCGGGACGCUGCAGGCGCUGCGCGACGAGUGCCCCGAGGACCUGCAGCCGGCCAUCUUUGACGAGGACUGGCCGCUCACGAUCUGGUAUCGCAUCGAGGAGUUUCAGCUCGUCUCCCUCAAGAUCAUCGCCGAGGCGCCGCCGGCCACAGCCAGCCGCUACGCAGUCCUCUCCGUCUCCCGACCGACCCCACUGGAACCACAGGCGGUGCUCCUCUGUUCGCCCAACUUUCUGGACAAGACCUCCCUCCCGCUCUGCGUGUCGGGCGAGCUCGAGAGCGAGUCGCUCGCCUUUUCCAAACCGUGCACGCUCUGGGCCUCGCCUGCCAACGCGGGCGCUCUGGAGCUGGCCACCGAGAUCGCCACCGCCGUUGCCGGUCUCACGAUCUCCACCGCCGAUGCUCGGCCGGCCACCGCGACGCACAUGCUGCUCUACCUCAACGAGGAGAGCUUCGUCAGCGACGAGGAGCGGCUGGCCGAGCAGGUCAAGCAGGCGCGCCAGGACAGGCUGAAGAUCGUCAUGGCGCACGAGAACGACCCCGCGCUCGGCGGCUGCCAGUUCUCGAGGUUUUUCGAAACCACGCCGCAGGAGCGAAUCAUCGCCGAAGCGGGGGACCUCAUUUCCGGUGGCAUUGGCGAGGGCAGCACCAGCCUCGCGAAGCGCAGCCUUGGCGGCCUCAGCCGGGUGUUCGCCAAGAUGAGCAGCCGCAGCUCUGCGGAGGCGCGCGAGGUCUUUGAAGGCGAGGCGUCGUCGGUGCAGCACCAGGUCUGA